AUGGCAAUGAUGAUGAUGAUGGGCAGUAGCCCCUGCGGCUUUGAAAAUGUGACACGGCAGCGCUUCCAGGCGGCUGCACAUGUACGGCCGCCACCUCUCCUCCACCUGCUCCGCCGAUGUUCCUCGCCGGAAGACCUCAGCCGAAUUCACGCGCUGGUCGUGAAGAUUGGGGGCCCUCCCCACCUCACCUCCCACCUCCUCAAGGCUGCCGUGGAGGUUGAAUCCGCCACCCUUCGACUCCCCUCGUCUCUGUUCGCCCGCAUCUCCCGCCCGGACAUCUCCGCGUUCAAUGUCAUGGUUCGAGGGUACGCGCAGAGCGAGUCGCCCCUGGAAGCGCUGCUUCUUUACUCGACAAUGCUCGAGACAUCCGUCGUUCCCGAUCGCCACACUUUCCUGUUCAUCAUCAAGGCCUGCGGCCGCUUGAACCUCCUUCAGGAGGCCAUGGCCGUUCAUGGUCACGUCGUGAAAGCUGGCUUUAGCUGCGACGUCUUCGUCCUGACGGCACUGAUACAUGCUUAUGCAAUUGUCGGACGGUUGGAGUCUGCGCGCCAGUUGUUCGACCAAAUGCCCGAGCGGGAUGUUGUCUCUUGGAAUGCGUUGAUUAGUGGGUACUGUCGUGGUGGCCGGGUCGGCGACGCACGGAAAUUGUUUGAUGAAAUGCCUGUUCAGAAGACGCUGGCUUCUUGGAACGCAAUAAUUGCUGGUUAUGUACAGAAUGAGUUAUAUAGGAAGGCUUUAAUGGUUUUGAAUGACAUGCAAUGCAAGAAAGUGAAAAUGGAUGUGGUCACUGUGAUAAGUGCAUUAUCGGCAUGCGCUAGCUUGGGUGCAUUGACAAUAGGAGAAUGGUUGCAUAAGUACGUCGCCAGAAUUUUCAAGUGUCACGUGAUUUCCUGGAAUCCAGUUUCAGGUCAACUGAUUGGAGAAGAGCUUCAGGAACGCAUGUCUCGUGCGAAAACAUUGACUGAAGGACAUGACAAAAGGCUCGCGCUUGGAAACGCACUGAUUAGUAUGUACUCUAAAUGUGGACAUAUUAACAAAGCUCUGCUUGUUUUUGAGGCAAUGCCUGUGAAGAAUGUCAUCUCCUGGACAUCGAUAAUCGAUGGUUGUGCUCUUCAUGGAGAAGGAAGGAGGGCGUUGAAUCUCUUUAAUAGAAUGAAGAAGACCGUCGUGAUUCCUAACGCCGUAACUUAUGUGGCAGUUCUACGUGCCUGCAGCCAUUCAGGCUUAGUGAACGAGGGAAUGCUUUAUUUUGAUGAGAUGUUGACCGAAUAUGGAAUCGAGCCACAGGUUGAGCAUUAUGGUUGUAUGGUUGAUCUGUUUUGCCGAGCAGGAAUGCUAGAUGCUGCUUAUGAGUUCACGAUGAGCAUGCCUGUACAGCCUGAUGUUGUUACUUGGCGAAAUUUGCUUUGUGGUUGCAGAACUCAUGGCGACCACCAACUGGGUAGAAUUGUGGCCGAUCAUAUUAUGCAGAGGGGGUUGCAGGAAGAAGAAGGGCUCUGCGUUCUUAUUUCCAGUAUUUAUGCUGCUGGUGGAAGGUGGGAAGAUGCAGCCUAUGUGAGGAAAAAGAUGAAGAGAUGCGGAAUUAGAAAAACACCUGGUUGCAGCUCUAUUGAAGUGGACAACAUGGUCCACGAGUUUGUGAAAGGAGACAAAUCCCAUCCUAAGACCAGGGAAAUCUAUGAUAUGAUUGCAGAUAUGAUGAAGAAUCUAAGAUAUAGUGAGAAUUGUUCUCCAAAUUUCUUUGACUAA